AUGGAUUAUUCACUUCUGGCAUCAAAGCCUAAAGUUUCGUCCGAAGAUGUAAAUAAAAUAUAUAGACAUGAAGAAGCUCUUACUGAUUCUACUCAUGGAUGUGAGUACUCACUUGGGCCAUCUAGUCAACAUAAAAAGAUCGAGCUUCCACAAGCUAUGCAAUAUAGUCCUUGUAGCUCCGAACAACGUCCUCUAAUUUCAACUGAAGAGGCUAACUGGGCUCUUGAAUUACUUGGCAUGCAAGUACCAAAUGGUACCAAUGUACAAGACGAUUCUAUGAAAGAUUCAGUUGAGUGUGGAACAUAUAUUCCGGAAGUAGGUUCGGUUCAGGCAAACAUUGUAGGAGCGGAUUGUGAUUCUAAUCACUUAAGUAGUAUAACACAAUUAAUGAAUCUGCCGCCACAAUCUACCACUAACAGUAAUUAUAAAAUGCAAAAUGUUGAACAUGUUGCUUCUAGUUUAAAACAUGAAAUUGAAUAUAAUCCUUGUGAAUAUAAUCAUACCCGGAACAAUCUUGCCAAUGUUGCUUUAAUGGAUAGCAAUCCAAUUGCGAGAGGGAUCGAUGAGCUUGCAAGUAUUAAGCGCAGUAUAACGAGGUCCUGUCUAAACUAUCAGCCUGAGAAGACCAGUUUGAAAAUGAAUGCUAUCAAUGAAAAGCCAUUGCUUCAUAGAAAAAACACUAGUUAUUCACAGAUGUGUGCUUUGCCAAGAAAUGAUAUUUACUUACAUGAAAAGAUGUCUACUGGAAGGAAACCUGAAUCACCGAGCUGCACUUCUUCUUUGCAUCUUUCUGCAAGGCAAGGCCAUCACCUAUCGCCGGUCCCUGCACCAAUGGAAAGACAUUUGGUGCCAUCUGAGAAUGAUGAUUUCACCAAGUCAUCAGUUCACAAUCCAGGUGAAGAUUUCUGUCGGAGUACCCCCGACCUGAUGAGUAGAGUGCAAUUUAACGACCUAACGAAUAAACUAUUGGAUGAAAACAUGAAAAGGACGUCGAAAGUGCAUAAUAAACAUUCAAUUGGUCUAGUUUCUUCUGGCUCAGAACAUGCAAUGGAAGAAGAAAGUGCUGAUUUCUGCCAGAAUAUCCCCAAAAGGAAGAGGAAAGUGUAG